CGUGCCCCCCACCUCAGUCUCUUCACAGAGCCCCUCCCUGAGGAGCCCAAGCCUGUGGAGAUGUCCUUCCACCACUGCCACAGGGACCCCCUGCCACAGCCUGGCCUCAGCCCCGAGAGGCUGCAGGCACGGAGGCAGCUGUAUGCCGCCUGUGCUGUGUGCUUCGUGUUCAUGGCUGGGGAGGUGGUCGGCGGGUACCUGGCGCACAGCCUGGCUAUCAUGACCGACGCGGCGCACCUGCUGGCGGACGUGGGCAGCAUGAUGGGCAGCCUCUUCUCCCUGUGGCUGUCCACCCGGCCAGCCACCCGCACAAUGACCUUCGGCUGGCACCGCUCAGAGACGCUGGGAGCCCUGGCCUCUGUGCUGUCCCUCUGGGUGGUCACCGGCGUCCUGCUCUACCUGGCCUUUGUCCGCCUGCUGCACAGCGAUUAUCACAUCGAGGCGGGUGCCAUGCUGCUGACUGCCAGCAUCGCCGUCUGCGCCAACCUGCUGAUGGCCUUCGUGCUGCACCAGGCUGGGCCCCCCCACGGCCAUGGGUCCAGGGGGGCAGAGUACGCGCCACUGGAGGAGGGGCCCGCGGAGCCCCUGCCCCUGGGGAACACCAGCGUGCGGGCAGCCUUCGUGCAUGUGCUGGGGGACCUCCUGCAGAGCCUCGGGGUCCUGGCCGCCUCCAUCCUCAUCUACUUCAAGCCUCAGUACAAGGUGGCUGACCCCAUCAGCACCUUCCUCUUCUCCAUCUGUGCCCUCGGGUCCACAGCGCCCACCCUCCGGGAUGUUCUCCGUAUCCUCAUGGAAGGUACCCCCCGCAGCGUGGGGUUUGAGCCUGUGCGGGAAACCCUGUUGUCAGUGCCAGGAGUCCGGGCAAUCCACGAGCUGCACCUGUGGGCCCUCACGCUCACCUACCACGUUGCCUCUGCACACCUGGCCAUUGACGCCACUGCUGACCCCGAGGCCGUCCUGGCCGAAGCCUCCUCCCGGCUGCACUCCCGGUUUGGCUUCUCCAGCUGCACCCUGCAGGUCGAGCAGUACCAGCCCGAGAUGUCCCAGUGCCUGCGCUGCCGGGAGCCCCCCCAGGCCUGAGCCAGGCUCGCUGGACUCCCCUCCUGCCUCUCUGGUCCCGAGAAGGCGCGGAGCCUGGCGCACCCCUUUCUCUCUCCCUCCCGCCACCCGCAAACCCCUGCACAGCCCCAGUGGCUAGACCAAAGCGCGGGGCUGAACCCACUAUUCGGGGCGGGGACCUGGCUGGGGUGUGGAAAGCCCGAGGCCUCUCCCAGCAGCCGAGAGCCCAUCUGCUGUGUGGCGCUGGGGGCGUCUGCCUGUGCUGGGAGUGCCUGUGCUGGGGAGGACAGCGGGGCCCCAUUCCCGGCGCCCUCACUCCGUCUAUGCAGGGGGCCCCAAGCCUGCACUUUGUCUGCGUGUCCUGCCUGUGGCUUUGUGUGUGUGUUCCUGGUGCUUGGCCCGUGUGUCUCCGUGCCUGUGUGGCUGUGCUGCGGUCUGCUUUGUCCGCGCGUCUGUUGGGGUCUGUCUGUCCACCCUGUUGGUGCUGUGCCCGGCUCUCCUGGCGGGGGGUUGGGAGUGCAGCUCCAAUAAACUCUGUCUCUACAUCGCAACCAGUGCCGACUCCUCCGGAGGGGACACUGGCCGUUUGGGAGCUGGCAGACUCCCUCAGCCGGAGCGACCUCCACCCUUGAACCAACCCCUCAUCGCCCUGCCCCCAUGUCCAUUCAGACUCUCACUCUCCCCAAUUCUUCGGCUCGGGGUGUGCUGUGUGCGGGUGCUGGGCUUGGUCGCAGGAGGAAGCUGGAAGGUCAGGAACGGCCUGGAGUCAUUCAUUCCUAAAGGCUGCUCCAGGGAAGUGGGCCCCUGGGGGGACACAACAUGAGGCGGCUUGGUGUCCAGCCGCCUGACCCUACGCUCCGUCCAGGUUUGGGCUGUGGACGCCAGAGCCUGUUUCACGCUCACCCCCCUUUGUUUUAAGCGGUUCCUUCUUGCAAACCAGCCUCAUUAUGGAUUGAUCUGUCUCUUUAGAAACAAAUCCAACUCUG